CAGUAUCUUAUCGUUGAGUGUAGAAUUUAUUAGAACUUUAUGCGAUUAUUGCGAUUAAUGUCACAAUAUUGAGAAAAAUUCACAGAAUUGUUGUGUGAAAAUUGCGUAGUUAGUAUGGAAAAUAGCAGUCUCUGAGUAUUGUCAUUUGGGGCAUUUUGAUCGAAUUCGGGCAGAACCUUGGCGACAUUUAUGCCCUUUUCGACCUAAUUAGUUACGAUAUCUCUUUCAAAAUGCUUUCGCUUAACGUUUUUAGGCAAAUCUCUUCAAAAUGCGUCGUACCACAAAUGAAAUACCGUCAACGCGGCUUUGGAUCAACUGGCAUCGUAAAUGGCACAUUCAAGGUUCAGGACGACAAGGAUUUUUCGGAAAAGGUCGAAAACAGCAAGGAGCCUGUUAUAGUUGACUUUUUUGCGACAUGGUGCGGUCCCUGUCGAGCGUUGGAACCGCGAUUGGAGAACGUGGUAGCGAAGCGACAUGGCAAGGUCAGUUUGGCAAAGGUCGACAUCGACGCAUUCGGCGAGAUUGCCGCAAAAUACGAGGUCGGUACUAUUCCCGCGUUAGUCGUAUUUCGUAACGGCAAAGUGGAGGAACGGCUAAUCGGAUUGCAAGACGAAGAUAAGCUGGGUUUAUGGGUGGAUAAGGUUUUAGAUAAGAAGUAAUCGAGACUAAGGUGUAAAUAAAUUGUUUAUUGUUAAAUUAAACCUUGCAUUUCUUU